AUGGAUGAUGAUUGGUUUAGCAACACUUGGCCUGUGGCAAAAGGAGGCAAAAGCAUAGUUUUAGGGCUAGAUAAUGCAGGAAGAACCACAUUACUUCGCAUGCAGAAAGAUGAUCAGACAUUGGGUCAGCAUCAGCCAACAAAGGCACAGCAUCCAACAUCAGAGGAAUUAUAUAUAGGAAAAAUCAAGUUGAGGAACACUACUCCAAUGCUUUCAUUCCCUCGAGGAAGAAACGUUUCAGUUGGACAAAAUGACAAUGACAGGGCGUUGUUGGAUACGUAUUUUAGUCAGCAGAUCGGUGCAUGUUGCGAUAGUUCCAAAGGGCAUCAACCGGGGCCGAUCGCCGAGCGACAAUGA